AGAAGGAAGCGACCAUCGCUGAAGGCCGAGACACGAGCGCUGACGCAGGAGGAAGUGCUCGCGGAGGCCAAGGAAACGGAGAAAAUCAACUUGGCGCUUCUUGAGGAGAUGCUGAAACUCGAAGCCAAGCAGAAGCCCGUCAUCCGCAAGCAAAGAGUGUACGUCAGGCCGCCGCAUUACAUAACCCUUGGCACACUGCGACCGUGCCCGUAA